AUGGCGCCAAAUAAAGUGCUUUGGUUAGCAAACUUUGCUCAACUAGAGGCCUUCGCUUCGAAACACGGUCACUGCCUAGUUCCGUUUACGAGUGAAACACGACAAUUGGCAAAGUGGACCACCAGCCAACGCACAGGCAAACUGGAAUCGUGGCAGAAGGAAAAGCUAACGAGUAUCGGUUUUAAUUGGAAAUCGAAGAAAGAACGUCAGGACGAAGAAUGGGAGAGUUUGCGUAGGAAGCUCGAGCAGUAUGGUGCCUCCCACGGACAUUUGCGCGUCCCGUUGACAAAUGGGAGCGAUCCAGUGCUCGGGACGUGGGUCGCCAAUCAACGCAAACUCCACAACCAAGGAAAGCUCCGCGCAGAUCGAAUUCAGAUCUUGUCUGAAAUGGGCUUUGUUUGG